CAAGAGCGACAGCUAUAAUCCACUCACCUCAACUCCUCAAUCAAGGUCAACGCCAGCCGUAUCAUUCUCAUGAUAAGGCCCCCGUACUCCAUCAGGCCGUCCUUUGCUUAAUCCGGCGAAAGGCUCGAGUGGAAGCAGUACGUGCCAUCUCGCCGCCGCAGCGCCGCCACCAUGGCUUCUUCUUUCGUACCGACGCCGACUAUGUCACAGUCGGAGAAGCGCCCAGCGACGAAAGGAACAAUGAUUUUCAGCUACACCUGCGUCGGCCUCACAAGCACCACGCUAUUCUGCGUCCUCUUCUUCUACUUCUACCGCUACUUCCGCAGCCGAGCGCCGGUCACCGCCGCCAGUGCAGGAAACAAUCCAGAAGAGCACCAUGUUGGCGCGGACAUCACCAAGCUGUCGGAGUUCGCGUACACCCAGUCGUCGAGGAGGCACGGCGGCGGCGACGGGGCGCAGUGCUCGGUGUGCAUCGGCACGGUGCAGGCCGGCGAGAUGGUGCGGCGGCUUCCCCUAUGCAAGCACCUGUACCAUGUGGAGUGCAUCGACAUGUGGCUGGUGUCACACGCGACGUGCCCGCUCUGUCGGUCGGACGUCGAGCCGCCGGUGGACGGGCAGGCCGCGUCGACGGAGCAGCCACAGGCGCUGCCGGUGUAGGGCGGCGCUGGUCACCUGUUUGUCUCCUGCAACGGGCUUGUUAGUUCGUACACAUGUGUGUAGUUCAUUCGUGUACAUCAGAAAUUUGCUGUGGUUUCAGUCGUAUAUAUAUUCACGAUCAUAUAUUGUUCUUGUUACACUGCAAUCUGCUUUCAAGUUUGCAGUGGCUACAGAAUACACACAAGAUUUGUUUCUGUUUUUGCUUCAGCAAUUUUCAACAGCCACAUCUGCACCUUGUAAUCAUAGUGCGAAAAGUCGGACCGGUCAUUGAACCGGCCAUGCUACUAGUUCACUUGUUUGAUGGUCCAACCUCAACCGGUUCAACCACGGUUCAAUAACCAUGUAUAU